AUGGGCGAUGGUGGCGGUGUUGGCGGUGGUGUUGCUGGUGAUGUCGAAAUGGUGGAAGAAGAUGAUGAGCAGCAACACGGUGUUGGUGGUGGUGGUGGUGGUGCGGUCGUGUUGCAAGAGGACGACGAUGACGAUGGCACGACGAUCGUCAUGGAUGCGGCCUCCGUUGCGGCAGUUCAGGCCGGGGAGAUGGUGAUCGAUGGUGAUACCGUCGGGGGAAAUGGUGACGACGCGGACGGUGUCAUCAUCGAUACGGGUACCGACGAUGAGGAGGAGUUACUUUUGCACCAUCAUCAUCAGCAUCACCAUCAUCAUCACCAGGGGAAUCCUCAUGAUCAUGAGGUGCUGCAUCAUCAUCAUCACCAGCUGCAUCAUCACUCGCUGGAAGUGGAUGAAGAUCAGCAACAUCACCAUCAGCAUCAUCAUAACCAGCGAGUGGUGGAGGAAUGCCAAGACGGGGACGAUGAUCCUUCCGAAGGACAGUUGCAUCACCAGCACCACCACCAUCACGUGCAUCACGUGGUGGAGGAAGCGGAAGAGCUUGACGAUGUGGAAGAACUGGAGCACGAGGAAAUCGUUCAACAGUUUAACGGUGCCACGAUCGUCACCGUCACAACGGCCAGCGGGUUCGGGGGUGGUGGUAGUAGUGGUAAUGCUGGUGGUGGAGGGGGAGGAAGUGGAAGUGGUGGUACAACUGUCGUUGGGCUUCCCCGACGUGCCACGGUGCGUUCCGGUGGCAGCGGAAUCAGCUUCGUCACGGCGGAUAUGCUUCCGGCGAGCGUCGUCGGAGGAGGACGUAGGAGAAUCUCCGGCCGGACCGCAACGAUCGUAUCGAGCGAUGGAGGAGGCGGUGGGGAUAGUCUGGGGUCGUGUGAAGUCGGUGACGUUAUCAUCACUUCUGGCGAUGAUACGGUGGCGGGGGGCGGAGGCGCUAGCAACAAAGCCGACGAUGAAGAUGCAACAGCGGUAGGAGGGUCCACCGGCGAUGGCGAUGGGGAAGGAGGAGGGGUAGUGGUGGGGGGAGAAGGCACCACCGAAGAGGAAGUCGGUGGCGGUGGUAACGCUGGCGAUCAUGCCGGUUUACCAUCGUCUUACAAACAUUUCUUCAUUCUCUAA